CAGGCUCUCCUGAAGGAGUCUCGUCCUGACGGGCAAGUUCAGACACACAGGUAAAGAAGGUAAAGAAGGUAAAGAAGGUAAAGAAGGAGUGAUUGAAGGAGUGGCGGUGCAGCAGCAGUGAUGAGGUCAUGAGGAGGAGGUUCAGGUUGUCUCGGGUGGAAACUUUAUGGAACUUUUCCUGAAGUCUGUCUUCAGUCUGCGACCAUAAGAGAGCUCUGUAGGAGGAGAGAAGGUUGACUGUUUACUGAGCAGCAGCAGCAGGAGGAGCAGCAGGAGCAGCAGCAGGAGGAGGAGGAGGAGCAGGUUGGAUUCUCGCUUCUUUCUGGAGACAUUAACUCGGUAUUGUUGGAUAUCCUGAAGCUUCUGGUCGUGCAUAUGUUGCUGUAAUGAGAUCUGGAGGAAUCUAACUACCUGCCAUGGAGGAGAAAGCUUAGAAACACUGCUGGACGAAGAGGUGGAAUUAACUACAUGACACCACAAGGGCAACGGCUAGACCAGGGGUCAGAGCUCUCACACAGCCACCAUGCGCAGAUUCAACUCCGAGGGAUCCUCCUGGAUCUGGACUUCUUCCCGUGGAGGAAGGUGGUGCUGAAGAACCCAGAUUAUGACAACAACCGGGAGUCCGGCACUUACACGCCUCACACGGAGGAAAACGAGCAGGACGGAUGUUUGACUCCCACCAUCCAGGAGCCCAGAGCGAGUCCCGGCGAUGCGGGGAAGAAGAAGAAGCUGAAAAAGGAGCACAGCAUCAGCGUGGAGAACCUGACCGAGCUGGGGAAACAGGACAAGAACCACCUGGGAAUCGGUGCCCUCGACGAAGGAUGCAGGGCCUACAGCGACGGCCAGCUGGCGCCGGGCGCCCAGGGCAGCACGGAGAGCAUGGACAGAGACGACCAGCCUCCUCCGUCUCCUUCCUCCUCCUCCUCCAACCCCUUCAGGUUCCAGCACCGCCACCAGCACAAAGCCAAACUAUCAGCUGCUAAACUGCACCUCAAGAGUCUGUUUGGGCAGGUGGACCCGCUUCAGUUUCAGUCUGUAGAGCAGCAUAGAGGCAGCUUCUUCUUACAGAUAGGAUCCAGAUUAAAGAGUCCUCAUUCCUCAAACUCCAACCUGUCCAACACAGAACAGAAAGACAGCCCUACAGAGAGGAGGUCUCGCCUGCUCUUCAUGCGUCAGUGGAGUCUGGUGGGCCAAAGCAAGAAGAGGAAGAUCGCCGGAGAAGAGCUGGAGAAAUGGGCCGAUUCCCUCAACGCCCUGCUGGACAGCCAAACUGGUCUCUCAGUGUUCGGAGCGUUCCUGCGUUCAGAGUUCAGCGAGGAGAACCUGCAGUUCUAUCUGGCCUGUGAGCAGUACCGACACUCGUCCAACAACUUCAGCCUGCAGAGGAGGGCCAAGGAGAUCUGCUCCACCUACAUCCAGCCCGGAGCUCCCCGCGAGGUGAACCUGGACAGUAAGACCAGAGAUCUGACCAUCCAGCUGCUGCAGGCUCCCUCUCACACCUCCCUGUCCCACGCUCAGAAACGCAUCUACUCACUGCUGGACACGGACUGCUACCCCCGCUUCCUCCAGUCCAACAUCUACCUGUCCUUACUCCGAGAGGACGACUAGAGGACACGUGUUGAUGAACCUGGACACAGACUGCUACCCCCGCUUCCUCCAGUCCAACAUCUACCUGUCCUUACUCCGAGAGGACGACUAGAGGACACGUGUUGAUGAACCUGGACACAGACUGCUACCCCCGCUUCCUCCAGUCCAACAUCUACCUGUCCUUACUCCGAGAGGACGACUAGAGGACACGUGUUGAUGAACCUGGACACAGACUGCUACCCCCGCUUCCUCCAGUCCAACAUCUACCUCUCCUUACUCCGAGAGGACGACUAGAGGACACGUGUUGAUGAUGAACCUGGACACAGACUGCUACCCCCGCUUCCUCCAGUCCAACAUCUACCUCUCCUUACUCAGAGAGGACGACUAGAGGACACGUGUUGAUGAUGAACCUGGACUUGUGGAGAAGGAACAGUGGGCUCAGUGGUUUCCAGGACUUCCUAAAUAUUGUCGAUCAUUAACCUAAAUAUGUCUUCAAGAGAUGGUUCGUUUAAAAAUGUAUAUAUCUGGAGAAGAUCUUGAUGGCCUUUAGACACUGUGUGUAAGAAUUAGUCAGUUAAAUGAGUAUGCUUUCUUUUGGAGAGUGAGAUGUCCAAAUUAAUAUUUCAUGCCUUUGUGUUUCCCCCAUGCUUCCAGUAUGUAUGCUGUCCUCCGCUAAGCUAAUCAAGUCCUUAAAAAUAGAUUCACGUCCUUUCAUCCUACUUUUGGGGAAAAAUAAGCUUAUUUCCCAAAAUGUUAAAAUUCCUUUAUUUGGUUUCUUUGGAAAAACAAAGAUGACAGUUUUGUUUCCUGGACUUCCCGUAACCUGUGAAACUAUGCAGCUCUCAUUUGAAUCAUUAAACGUCCUCCCUGUAAGCAGCUAAUGUUCCUCUGCUGACGCAAAGGAAAAACCAGUUCAGCGGGAAUGAGAAUGAGCUCUUUGCUGAGAAAAAAGGUCAAAGUACUACUGCGAGUUACUAAUCCGGCAAAGGCGGGAAAUCUGAGCUAAUUGACUCUGACGGGUGAAAUGACGACGCAGCUGCAGAGAGUUCAGUCUGUUCUAACAAAGACAAACUAUAAACGCAUACAAAGCCUCAGAAAACACUCUGUAAUUUAAGACAGUUCUUUGUAAUGUUGAGGAGCAUUUCCUUGAAUGUUGAUCCUAUAAAAAUUGAAUAAUGAGGAAGAACAUUUGAAAGAAACAGAUACGUGUUUGUAAGGUGAGAGUUUUUAAAGAGAAAUGAAAUAAAAUCCAGUUUUUGUAGCGGACGGGUCUGUUGAUUCUUCAGUGAUGCAGAGAUGGAGAUCAGCGUUCAGCGGUGGAUUCAGAGCUGCAGUUACAGCACAUCUGCUCCGUAGUCUCCGUGACGUCAUGACGAGGUUUCUAUAGAGCCGCUGUGAAGCUCCAAGUGGGAGGAUCUUGGUCCGCGGCACAACUCCCGGCUAAAGAGGUGGAGCUAAGGCGGUCCGGGUGACGUCUGGUACGACACCCACCUGUCACUCAAAGCGGCCACGCCCUCAUUAAUGCCGAACUUUAAAGCUGCAGUAGUCAGUAUAUUUUUGGCAUCAUUUGGCAAAAAUCCCAUAAUAACCUUUCAGCAUAUUGUAAUUCAAGUGUUCUGAGAGAUAACUAGACUUCUGCUCCUCCUCAUGGCUCUGUUUUCAUGUUCUGUUUUCAUGUUCUGUUGUUGUCACUAACGGGGAAAUCAGCCGUAGAGACCAAAAGCGUUUCUUGUACCAGACUGUAAACAUGUUUAUUUCUGUUGUAAAGUUAACAUCUCCGGGGUCUACGGGGAAUGAAUAAAGUACAUCGCUAAAUGAAACAAUAUAAUGUGUAACAUAAUAAAACCUUCGCUGUGCUCGUAUUAAAGUCCCCAUCAAGUGUUCUUGUAGUAAAGUACACGUGCCAUAAGAUGGAGACAGCUACACUAACGUACAGCUACGCUAACGUACAGCUACGCUAACGCCAACGUACAGCCACGCCAACGUACAGCUACGCUAACAUACAGGAACUUAUUUCAUUUCACCACAAUUUCUGCACAUGAAGUGAACCGGUCAGAUACAGGAAGUGUGUUUGUUGGCUAUGACAGCGUGAUGUUGUAGAUAUUCAAAU